AUGCAACUCCCUCCGCUCGCCGUAAUGGCGACCUGGCCUACGCCAAACUAUGUCGACCCUCCGACUCGCGGUCACGGCGUUUUAAUCGUAAACGUUGUCUGUAUCUCGCUAGCAUUCUUGGUGGUCAUGCUCCGUCUAUAUACUCGAUUGCGGAUCACAUGCAGCGCCGGUGUCGACGACGUUCUCAUCGUAAUCGGUCUUGCUUUUGCCAUUGCCAUGGUGGCAGUGACAUCGCUGGCUUCGGAGAAUUGGGGAUGGAAUCGCCAUAUUUGGGACGUGCCAGAAACGUGGCUAUCGACUGUGCAAAAACUCAACAUCGUCUUCCAAAUCAUGUUCUCUUGGUCGUCGAGUAUCACCAAGAUCUCGCUACUGUGGUUCUGCCGUCGGCUCCUCGGGGCUGGAAAGGGGAAUUUCAAAUGGUUUAACUGGGCUUUCAUUGGUUCGAUGAUCUUUGUUGGAUUGUCUUGCCUGAUGUUCACUUUCAUCAGUAUCUUUCAGUGCUCACCUAUCAAAGCGUACUGGGAUGUCAGCCCUGAAUACCCAUAUAAAUGCCUGGAUGGAGGAAGCAUCGUCUUCUCUGCCAGUGUCAUCAACAUCUUCACCGAUUUCCUGGUCACAGCCCUGCCUAUGCCAUUGAUCUGGAGUCUCAAACUACCCGCCCGCCAACGUCUUGCCGUCAUCUCCAUCUUCGGUCUGGGAAUUAUUGUCAACGUUGCCGGCUCCGUUCGCACCGUGUAUGUUUGGAAGAGCAUGGUCACCGGCUACGAUACGACCUGGCUCGGCUGGCCAGUUCUCAUUGCUGCAGCGGUGGAAAUCAACCUCGGCCUGAUCUGCUCCUCCGCCCCAGCCCUCCGCCCCCUCAUCGCAACAUUCCUCCCCCGUCUCCUCAACUCCACCCGCAACAUCAACUACUCCUACAACCAACGCAGUCGAUCCCAAAAACUCUUCUCCUCAACCGGCCGCUCACGACACUCCCACAUGCCGGCGACGCAAAACUCCCGAAAAGGCGACUACGAAAGCGACCGCUUUGAAAUCAUGCGCACCGUCGAAAUGGAGACUUGGACCGAGUCCCGGCUCGCGCAUCAUGAUUCAAUUGGUCAUACGUAUGAUAUUGGUACUCAGAACCGUGCUCACUCGCCGGAGAGUAUUGAGAUGAAGCAUGGUCCUGUGGUGUUCUCGUCUGCGGCUAGUGAGAAGUCGUCUAGUUCGUUGACGAGGGAUGAGGCGUUUUAUGGACGGCGAUGA